AUGGCUCCCACCGGAUGCGCAUACCGUACCGACUGGGUUUGGUCCAACCUCUCAAAUGUCCACGUCGCCAACAACCGAGCUUGGUUUACCACCUUCACCUACUUCAAGUCGCGCAUUAGCUCUGCCACCAUCCCAUACGGUCCCUACAAAACCGAAGUCCUUGGAGUUGGCGAUGUCGAGCUCGACGUUCAGACACAUCACGACCGGACUGGUCCCGGAUCAUACAGAACAAUCGUCCUCAGAGAUGUUCUUUUCGUACCAACAGCCGUAUGCAAUAUUCUAGGUCGUCCUAUCCUCAAGGACUUUGGACUCGUCACUGAACCGAGCACCGGUCAGCUUACCGAUAAGGCUGGGGAGCCAGCAGGCUUGCUUGACGGCCCACGACUCCUGCGUUUGCGACUAGUGGGAAUGAACGCCACAGAGACAUGUCUCCGGGAUGACACCAUGUACAUGAUCAACGCGGUCUGGAGCGAUGCAGAACGUGCAAUAUAUCAGGCUAGACAGGACCUUGAAGCAAACACUUUGCCGCCAUUGACCCAAGAAGAGAGAGCCUGGUUGGGCCGAUACUAUGGGAACGAAUGGAAGUUUCUUCAAUCUUACUUACUGGACCUGACCAAUGAUGAGGAGCGUGCUGAAGGCCGUGCUAUUCUCAAGGGCUUGAUGGAGCAAGACGAAAUCAUGGAAAUUUGCCGCUUGAUCGGCGUAGGAUAUGUUCUCGCUAUAGCGGCAAAUUUCCAUGCUUUCGUCUUGCUCCAAGAGUUGCGUGGUCAGAGUCCCUAG